AUCCGACCGGAAGUUUUCCGUAUAGCGCGGAACACGAAAGUAGUAGCUAGCAUAGUUAGUUAGCUAUUUACAAGUUUUAGCUAACGUGGGGAUUAUAAGUGUUUAAUGUGAUACACGCUUUUACACUCGAUAACUUUAAGGUUGUGCUGAUACGUAUUCAGCUUAGUACCGUUUGACUGUAUUGAGUAAUUCAAGACCGUUUUCUCGGCUUCAUGACAGUUAGCUUAAGUAGUUACCGACUAGCUAACGCUAAGCUAGCUAGCUAGGCUAACUGUCGUCAAUAUCAGCGCGUAAGUUUACAGCUCACAGGAAGCUCCGACAUAUCAACACUGAGUUACGUAUGUUAGCUUUAGGUCAGGUUUUUUAAAUAAUCGGAUCCGAACAAACAGGAAUAUUAAAAUAUGGAUAAGCCCACUGUGGCAGAUUUAAUGUCAGAUUUAGAUAAAUGCUACAUCUGCCUGAGUCCCUUUGAGAAACAAGCAGUGGCCUCUGUGGAGAACUGUCAGCACGUCUUUUGUCUUGAAUGUAUUCUUCAGUGGUCCCAGACAGCCAACACCUGCCCAGUGGAUCGGAUCAGUUUUGCCUUCAUCCAUCAGAGAUGGUGUCCCGGAGGGGACAUUCAAAAAACGAUCAGAGUGAAGACGCCGAAAAAGGAUGACGAUGAAGAGGAGGAGGAGGAGGGCAGCAGUGCUGUUAUCUGUGAGGAAUGUGGGCGCAGCGACCGAAGGCACCGGCUGCUAGUGUGUACACGGUGUGAUUCAGGGCAUCACAUGGACUGCUUGACACCACCAUUAAACACAGGCCCUGAAGGUGACUGGGUUUGUCCUGAGUGUGCGAUCAUACCUCAACAAACAGACAGCUUCGUGCUGGAGGAGGAGAUCAGUGAUGGAGAACUAACAGACCUCCUCGCUGAGGUGGAUGAAACUGCAUCUACCAGCAGUCGCCUCCGACCCUCCACCAUGAGUCGCCCCGGCCGCUCCACUGAACGACGCCACAGCCAGAGGAUCCAGAGCCGAGCCAGCGGCGAUCCUGAUCCUCGGCCCCCGACCUCCUGGCAUGUACCUAAGUACCUGUUAAGGGCAUCGAAGCCCGCAGUCGCAUCAGGUGAAGCAGCUGCACAUCCUCAUCACAGUGACACCAGCAGUGCUUCAGUCAGGUUGAAGACAAGAAAAAGAAGAAAACGUGCAACUUAAGUUCCUGACGACAAGAAGUAGACGUAUAGUUACUGUCUAAUAAAUGUCACAGCAGACAGCUUCCACAACAUGCAUUAAAAGGUUGUGAUGGUCAGUGAUCGUCUUUGUACUUGAAGUAUUUGGUUCCCUGUAAACAUUCGGCCUUACAGCUGCAGGACGUGCAAAAACAACUUCUCUGACACAUAUCCUCAAUUUAAAAUUGGACGUCUGGACACUUCCUUGUGGUAAAUACCUUAACAAUAUUGGUAAUUUCUUGUCCACAUCCACAAUUUAAGCACAAUCUCGACACUUUAGGAAAAAUUAUAAUUUAUUAUUUCAUCAAUGUUAUAAACAAAUGCUUUAUAAGUCCUCAUUAAACCUCUUUGGCUGUUGACACUGAACUUCACUUCAGGCAGACUAUCUGGACCAAAGUCCAGUUUAUCUGCAAUUCAUCAACAUUUAUAUAAUUCACUGAGCAAAGUGACAGAGCAUGUUUGACUGGAAAACAUCACAGGGACUUUAUACAUAACUGAUGUAAGUGAUCAUUAGUGAAUACGUGACAAGGAUCUGACAGUGAAGCUGCGUCUGCGUGUUUCAUCCAUCCAGCAGUUAAUGAGCAUAAACUCGUUGAGAGUGUUUUUCUUUCUCUCCUUGUUAAUGAUGUCGGCUCCACUGUAGCAGCUGAGUCUCAUCAGUCUCAGGUCUUGUUGUGACAGGAAAUAAGAACCUAUAUCUGUACACCUAAGUGUCCUCUGAAACCUUUUUACAAACAACAGUGCCAUCUCCUGGCAGAGAGGUAGACACAUGUUCUCAUCUGGCCCUCCGGAAAUGAAGGUGCAUGUGUCAGAAACGACCACAUGGUGGCAGCAUCGUGUUGCUCUCCAGCCAUGAACGCAUGUAAGGGAACAGUCUGUCUGCUGCUGUUUUAUUGUUUGUUUUUACACUGAUGUUGUUCUUUGUCCUUUGUAAAAACUGUUGUUGAAUGUUUUAUGGUCGACAUUGUUCUAUACUUUACUUAAUUUCAAUAAUUCCCAUGAAAACACA